AUGGCCGGCGACGGCGAGGGGGCCGGCGACGGCGAGGGGGCCGCCGCCUUUGCGGCGGCGAAGGCGGAGUGGCUCGGCGGGUCUGGUGGCCUGCCGCUGCUGCGGUGGUGGCGCGCGUCGGGCGGCGGCGAGCUGCUGCGGGGCUGGGACGCGGUGCGCGCCGGGGCCGUGGCGCCGGCGCUCGCGGCGGUGUCGGGCGCGUGCCUCGCCAUGUCGGCCAUGCUGCUCGCCGAGGCCGUGUUCAUGGCCGCCGCCAGCCUCGUGCGGCGCCGCCCCGAGCGGCGGUACAGCGCGGGCCCGCUCGGCGCCCAGGACGGCGAGGACGAGGAGCGCGGCCUCCUCGGCUACCCCAUGGUGCUCGUCCAAAUCCCCAUGUACAACGAGAGAGAGGUGUACAAGCUUUCGAUUGGAGCAGCGUGCGGGCUGUCGUGGCCGUCGGAUAGGGUCAUCGUACAGGUUCUGGACGAUUCCACGGAUCCAACGAUCAAGGAUCUGGUGGAGCUGGAAUGCAAAAUUUGGGCUAAGAAAGGCAAGAACGUAAAAUACGAGGUCAGAAACAAUCGAGAAGGAUACAAGGCUGGUGCACUGAAAGAGGGGAUGCUGCAUGCUUAUGUCCAACAGUGUGAUUUCCUCGCUGUAUUUGAUGCCGAUUUCCAACCGGAACCCGACUUCCUCAUGAGAACCAUCCCAUAUCUCGCACGUAAUCCACAAAUUGCUCUUGUUCAAGCACGCUGGGAGUUCGUUAAUCCCAAUGAAUGCCUGAUGACAAGGAUACAAAAGAUGACACUAGAUUAUCACUUUAAAGUAGAGCAGGAGGCAGGUUCAUCCACAUUUGCCUUCUUUGGUUUUAAUGGAACUGCUGGGGUAUGGAGAAUUUCUGCCAUCAAGGAAGCUGGGGGCUGGGAUGAUCGAACCACAGUUGAAGACAUGGAUUUGGCAGUCAGAGCAGGCUUGAAAGGAUGGAAAUUUGUCUAUGUUGGCGAUGUCAAGGUAAAAAGUGAACUGCCAAGCAAUCUGAAGGCAUAUCGCCGUCAACAGCACCGUUGGACAUGUGGGGCAGCAAAUUUAUUCCGAAAGAUGGGAGCAGAGAUAUUGCUUACUAAGGAGGUGUCACUUUGGUGGAAGCUUUAUUUGCUAUACAGCUUCUUCUUGGUGAGGAAGGUUGUUGCUCAUGUGCUACCUUUCGUGCUCUACUGUGUAGUGAUCCCAUUUUCGGUGCUAAUUCCUGAGAUCAAAAUUCCUGCUUGGGGGGUGGUUUAUAUUCCAACAGCAAUAACCAUUCUAUACGCCGUCCGAAAUCCAAGUUCUAUCCACUUCAUACCAUUCUGGAUCCUCUUUGAGAAUGUCAUGUCUUUUCACCGAACAAAGGCAACGUUCAUCGGUUUGCUGGAGUUGGGAAGCGUAAACGAGUGGGUGGUCACGGAGAAGCUUGGCAGUGUAAGCAAUACAAAGCCAGUGCCUCAGAUACUUGAAAGGCCUCGCUGCAGGUUUUGGGACAGAUGGACAGUGUCAGAACUUCUGUUUGCUGUGUUCCUUUUCGUUUGUGCGACCUACAACUUGGUGUAUGGAAGCGACUUCUAUUUCAUCUAUAUAUAUCUGCAGGCUAUAACAUUUAUCAUUGUGGGCACUGGUUUCUGCGGAACCUCUAACUCAUAG